AAACGCUUGUUAUAUACUCUCAUUCAUUUCUGUUUUCCUCUUUUAGGCCAUAAUGAAGAAAUUGAUUCGGAGGCUGUCACAAGUUCGGGUAAACAACUCCACUCAAUACUCGAUGCUCCGAUCCGAUACGUCCAAUCUUCCGGCGAGAAGAUCGGACGUUCCACAAGGGCAUUUCCCGGUUCACGUUGGGAUCGAUCCGGUGUCGAGCCGGAGGUUCAUUGUCAGUGCCGAGAUGCUGCGGUAUCCGAUCUUCGUUGAGUUGUUGAACAGAUCGGAACAAGAGUACGGGUACGAGCAAAGCGGAGUGUUGAGGAUCCCCGUUAACGUCGUCGUAUUUGACCGUGUUCUUGAAGCUUUCAGGCAAGGCCGAGUACCUUUAAGCCUCGAUGAACUGGUCUAGUUUAUUUUAUUAAAUUAAGCCUCGUUGUCGUUUGUACAU